AUGGCUCCCCCCGAUCCUCCCCCUUCCUCCACGACUACGGGCCCUAAGGCCGCUAGGGUCAUCACCUCGACGGUGGCGGCUGCAAGUGGCCAACACCUACCUCAUAGCCCUCGCUCUGCGAGCGGCAACAGCAGUCCUGCGCCAGGACAAACAUCGGCUGCGCAACGCGCACGCCAACUUUCGCGACAAGGGUCGGCGGAACAGUCUGUUCUCGUCGGCCCCGGCGUUGCGCCCAACCCCACCCCCACCGUUGUCCCGUCCACCUUCCCUGAAACGGAGGAGGAUAUCGACUUCGGGUUUGGGUUCAGUGCGGACACCCCCAAGGGAGUCGAGGUACGCCUCGCACCGCCCCUUGCUCAAUCGGGUAAAUCGAUGGCUGAUGCCUCGUGGCAACAGCAGGAUAGCGAGAUGCGGGAGGCCACGCCUGGCCCCCUGCUUUCGUACUCUACCACGCCCCGGCCUUCUCGCGAGCCGACCGUGGAACCGCAACUCAGUGCGCCUGCAGGGUCUUUACCCGAGGGCGCCGAGUACCCCGCCGUAGCGCCCGUGGAGGUUAACUUCACGUGGCCGCACGCGCAAACCGAAUUCAGCUGGGACGAGGACGAUGCCUUUGCGGCCAUCAGGCGUUAUGCCUCGGGACUCAGCUCUUUCAUCCGCUCGGGGUCUGAUGACUUCCGGGCUCGAGUCGCUAGGUACACCACCGAUGAAUUUAGCGCCAACGAGUUCGACAGGAUGGCCUCAUCCUCGUGGUUCCCAGCAGCCGAAGCGUGCAGGGAUGUCUUCCUUGCCAUGCUAGAGGCCGGCGGCAACAUCGUGAUCCCGAGGAUCCUCGGGGCGUGGUUGAAACGAGCAUCAUCCAGGCGCUGCAGGAGGGCCAAGCCCAACAGCGGCGUUUACUGGAGGAGAACAUGCGGUUGA